AUGCUCCUCGCCCCUGAGGGUGACCCCGACGCCCUUGACAUUCCGACUCCUCGCACUUACGCUGAGGCAGUGUCAGGGCCUUGGGCCUCUCAGUGGAGAGCUGCCAUGGACGCAGAGAUGGCCUCCUACAGAUCCACAGGCACCUACGUCGAUGAGGUUCCCCCUCCGGGGGCGAACGUAGUCGACGGCAUGUGGAUCUACAGGGUGAAGCGGCCACCAGGAUCUCCUCCGGUCUUCAAGGCACGCUACGUGGCUAGAGGUUUCAGUCAGCGCGAGGGAGUUGACUUCUUUCAGACCUUCGCGCCCACCCCGAAGAUGACCACUCUUCGGGUGUUACUACACGUAGCAGCACAGAGAGACUACGAGUUACACUCUCUUGACUUCUCUACUGCUUUCCUUCAGGGCAGUCUUCACGAGGAGGUCUGGUUGCGUCGUCCCUCUGCCUUCACUGGCUCUUUCCCUCUUGGGACCCAGUGGAGGCUGAGGCGACCGGUUUACGGUCUUCGUCAGGCUCCUCGUGAGUGGCACGACACCCUGCGUUCUACCCUGUCUGACCUUGGGUUCCAGCCGUCUUCUGCUGACCCGUCGCUGUUCGUUCGUCGUGGCCCCACACCUUUCUUUGUUCUGGUCUACGUUGACGACCUUGUUUUCGCCACCCCUGACAGGGUUGCUUUGGCACACGUGAAGUCCGAACUGCAGAAGAGACACACCUGCACUGAUCUUGGUGAGCUGCGCCACUACCUUGGCCUGCAGAUCACCAGGGACAGAGCUGCUCGCACCAUUACACUUUCACAACUCACUGGACCCUUUCCUGAUGAGCCGUUCGAGCCUAGUGGUCCCUACGCAGAGCUUGUGGGUUGCCUCAUGUACCUGAUGACUUGUACUCGCCCGGACCUCGCCUUCCCUCUCAGCGUUCUUGCGCGCUUUGUUGCGCCAGGGAGACACCGUCCUGUUCACUGGACAGCAGCUGUGAGGGUGGCGAAGUACCUAGCGACGACGUCAGGCGUGGGGCUAGUUCUUGGAGGGCAGCAGUCUGUCGUACUUACUGGUCACUGUGACUCCUCUUACGCUGACGACGCUGAGACUCACAGGUCUACUCAGGGGUACUGUUUCAGCCUGGGUUCUGGAGCUGUUUCCUGGCGGUCCACGCGCUCCUCUUCGGUCUCGACCUCUACAGCUGAGGCUGAGAUCUACGCUGGUGCCAUGGCGGCACAGGAGCUGCGUUGGUUGACCUUCUUGCUCACCGACCUUGGUGAGCGGCCGAGCUCUGCACCGACCUUGUUCACUGACAACAAGGCGUCUAUUCUCCUUUGUCGAGAGCCACGACUGGAGAGCAGAGUGAAGCACAUUCACGUCAGGUACUUUCUUCUGCGAGAGUUGCAGAGGCGUGGACAGGCUCGCUUUGAGUUUGUGGAGUCCGAGGCCAACACUGCAGACAUCUUCACCAAGGCGCUUCCGCCUUGUGACCACCAGAGGUGCUGUGUGCAGUUAGGCCUUGUUGACACUGGUUCUCGUGUUGCUUAG